GGCGGGCGGGCGGCGAAGCGGCGGCCGCGCUGUCAGGGCCGGUGUCGGUGUGAUGAAGAUUGGCGGGCAGACCCGGGUUGUAGCAGUAACCCUCAGUGAGAUCUUGCACCGAGGACUCACCAUCCCCCAGGAGCUGAAAAGGACGGGACAGGACUGUGCCAACCUCCAUCCUCUGUGGAUAGACCGUCAACGGGCACACCUUCGUUCGCUGGACACGGCCCGGUUGUGAUUCCUAUCCAGAAAAUCUAGUUUUUGGGAAGGUGGGAGGACACUUCCAGGGCAGUGGCUCCCUGAGCACCCCACAAACAGUUCUCGAUGUGAGUCCCACCCAGGAUGCACCAUGUCUCCCCAGCACCGGCUCUGACGAUGAUGGCCACCCAGACAGUGCCUCCUCCUCCCUACCAGGACACCCCACAGAUGACAGCCACAGCCCAGCAGCCCACCAAGGCACAGCCCGUGCAUCUCGCCACGCCGGCGGCGGCCGCCAACACUCCGGUGCCGGCCACGGGCGGAGACCCCCAGGCGCAGCUGGAGGCCGACAAGAGGGCUGUCUACAGGCACCCGCUGUUCCCGCUGCUGACGUUGCUCUUCGAGAAGUGUGAGCAGGCGACGCAGGGCUCUGAGUGCAUCACCUCAGCCAGCUUCGAUGUCGACAUCGAGAACUUUGUCCACCAGCAGGAGCAGGAGCACAAGCCCUUCUUCAGUGAUGACCCCGAGCUGGACAACCUGAUGGUGAAGGCGAUCCAGGUGCUGCGCAUCCACCUCCUGGAGCUGGAGAAGGUCAAUGAGUUGUGCAAGGACUUUUGCAACCGCUACAUCACCUGCCUCAAAACCAAGAUGCACAGUGACAACCUACUCAGGAAUGACCUGGGGGGGCCCUACUCCCCCAACCCCUCCUCCAUCAGCCUCCACCCCCAGGAGAUGCUGCAGAGCUCUCCAGCAGCCCUGCCACCCGCCUCCAACCCACCGCCGGGCAUCGUGGUGCCGGCGGCCGCGCUGCCACCGGGCAACCUGGCCAUGAGCACCGGCGGUGGCUCGCCCGCCGUGCCAGGUGGAGCCCUGUACCAGCCCGUGACCAUGGUGACGUCGCAGGGCCAGGUCCUCGCCCAAGCCAUCGCCCCCGGUGCCCUGCAGAUCCCCAACGCCCAGGUGAACCUGGAUCUCACCUCCCUCCUUGACGGUGAGGACAAGAAGUCCAAGAACAAACGGGGCGUCCUGCCCAAACACGCCACCAACAUCAUGCGCUCCUGGCUCUUCCAGCAUCUCAUGCACCCCUACCCCACAGAGGACGAGAAGAGGCAAAUUGCUGCCCAAACCAACCUGACCCUCUUGCAAGUCAACAACUGGUUCAUAAAUGCCCGGAGGCGCAUCCUGCAGCCCAUGCUCGAUGCCAGCAACCCGGAUCCUGCCCCCAAAGCCAAGAAAAUCAAAUCUCAGCACCGGCCCACGCAGAGGUUCUGGCCCAACUCCAUCGCUGCCGGGGUCCUGCAGCAGCAGGGUGGCAAUUCAGGGACAAAUCCUGACGGCUCGCUCAGCAUGGACAACCUCCAACCCCUCUCAUCAGCCACAGCCACCAUGGCCAUGCAGCAGGCCAUGCUGGCAGCCCACGAGGACUCCCUGGACGGCACCGAGGAAGAGGAGGAGGAUGAGGAGGACGAGGACGAGAUGGAGGAGGAGGAGGAAGAGGAGGAAGAGCUCGAGGAAGAGCCCGGUGGCCUCCCAGCAGCACCCGGCGCUGACCUUGGCUUGGACCACAGUGACUCGCUGGAAUAGCUCCUCCUGCACCCUCCCCAAAUCACUUGACACCACCGGACACGAAAUUCCCCCCCCCCCCUUCGAAAUGCCAAAAACAAAAAAAGGCAAGAACAAAAAACAAUUCGGGAGAGAAAAGCAAACUGGCGGCGCCGGCGGGAGCCCACGGGAGCGCGGGCACCGCCCUGCCGGCGCCUGGAAGUGAAGGACACAUGUUUACAAAAGGCACAUAUUGUGGCCAAAAUUAAUCUUUUAUUUCAGGUUUUGUUUUUUUUUUUUUUUUUCUUUUCUUUUUCUUUUCCCCCCUUUUAAUUUUUUUUGGGGUAAGCGGAAGCGUUUUUAGGGAGCGGCGUUUUCCCCGCGCGACGCUCGGAUGCCGCCGGGCGAGGGUGGGGUUUUCCCACCGCGGGUUUUCCACCCCCCCGUCCAUCCCUUGGAUUUCUUGGCGCGAAGGGAAAACCACACCGACCCCGGGACUUGAUGCUUUUUGGGUUUUUCCCCCCCAAAAAGGUUAUUCACAGGCAUAAAUAUCAGCGCGGAGGGGGAAGAAAAACAACCGGCGAGUGCAAGUUCUGCUGGAUCUGAGGAGGGUUUGGUGCUCAGCCCUCUGGAUUGCCCAAACCUCCCCACUUUGCCCCCGAUGCUGCGGCUGUUUGGUGACUCCGGACACAACUUUCUGGAAAAGGGAGGAAGUUCCUCCAAAUCCUUUAAUUUAUGUGCUAAAAACCCGUCGAAUCUGGAAAAAAAAACCCAACUCGCCCCAUUCUCGUCCUUAAGGGACGCAGAGUUGGGGCAAAGGCUGCCAGGAGUGAAACUUUUCCAAGGAGCUUUGGCACUGAUUCAGGAAAAAAAUGGGAAAAAAGAUGAGUUUAAAAAAAAUGCAAGAUUUCACCCAGAAUUGAACGGCGACCCCCCCCCCCCAGGAUUCGCAUGGGUGGAAGGAAUCUCAAUGGUUUCUCCCUGGAAUUGUCCCUCCACGUGGGAAAAUGGUGGAGUUUUAGCACCACGGGGGGAGGGCAACUGCCAAAACCCCUGAAUUUGGUUUUUUUUCUUAAUUUUUCAAUGCUAACAAGAAGGGUGUAUUUCGCCUUAAAACGUGGCAUGGGAGGAAACGCAAAAGCAAACCAGGGCAAAAAUAAAGGAAUUUUCUUCUGCA